CACUGCGGCAGUGUCAGCAGGGCCGGGUAUCAUGGCGACGUACGUAGACAUCCUGAGGACAGAGUUUCCCGAGAUCGACACGGAGCUUUUUGACUACAUCACAGGGGUUUUGGACAGCGGCGCCACAGACUUCGAGGAUGGCGARGAGGUGUUUGAUGCUGUGGGCGGAGUCCUGCAGGAGGUGUCAGCAGACAAUAAGAACGAGGACGACAUCAGAGACAUCUGCUUCCAGAUGUUCAACACCCUCAAACUGAACAACCACCGACAGCCGCAGAAGCAGGUGCUGCUGGACGCUCCKGUCCAGCUGUCCCAGAUGUCUGCAGACUCCGUGACGUCAGCACAAGAUGUUCAGGGGAUCUGGAUGAUGAAACGUCCUCAGAACACGACGGUCGAUGCCAAGAAGCUGGAAAAAGCCGAAGCUAAGCUGAAAGCUAAAACUGAGCGCCGCAAUGAGAAGGACUCUCAGAAGAACUCCAGUCCACUGGUCCUGGAGGAGGCGUCGGCCAGCCAGGCCAGCAGUAAAAAGGAGAACCGGGUCGACCAAUCGGGGAAGAACCGGAGCUACGACAUUCGGAUAGAAAACUUUGACAUUUCCUUCGGAGAGAGGUGUCUGCUGCAGGGGGCGGAGCUGUGCCUGGCGUCAGGGCGGCGGUACGGUCUGAUCGGUCGGAACGGCCUGGGGAAGACCACGCUGCUGAAGAUGCUGGCGAGUCGGAGCCUGCGCGUGCCGCCGCACAUCUCCAUCCUGCACGUGGAGCAGGAAGUGGCGGGGGACGACACCGUGGCGCUGCAGAGCGUCCUGCAGAGCGACACGCUGCGAGAGGGCCUGCUGGAUGAGGAGCGGCGGCUGAACGCUCGCAUCGCCAGCGGAACGGCUGACGGGAUGGAGAGCGUCCGGCUGUCUGAGAUUUACGUUAAACUGGAGGAAAUCGAAGCCGACAAAGCCCCGGCCCGAGCCUCGGUCAUCCUGGCCGGUCUCGGAUUCUCUCCCAGAAUGCAACAGCAGACCACCAAAACCCACCAACAUGUUGGACAUCAGAGCAAUCCUGUGGCUGGAGAACUACCUGCAGAUGUGGCAGUCCACCAUCUUGGUUGUUUCCCACGAUAGAAAUUUUCUGAACGCCGUGGCAACAGACAUCAUCCACCUUCACUCACAGAGUCUCGUCAGUUACCGGGGCGACUACGAGAACUUCCUGAAGACCAAAGAAGACCGGCUGAAGAACCAACAGAGGGAGUACGAGGCCCAGAUGCAGUACAGACAACAUAUACAGGUUUUCAUCGACAGGUUUAGGUACAAUGCAAACAGAGCGGCUCAGGUGCAGAGUAAAAUCAAACUGCUGGAGAAGUUACCGGAGCUGAAAGCCAUCCAGAAAGAAUCAGAAGUCACUUUAAGGUUUCCUGAUAACUUUGAGAAGUUAUCUCCUCCCAUCCUGCAGCUGGAUGAGGUGGAGUUCCACUACUCACCUGACCAGCCUCUCUUCACCGGACUCAACCUGUCAGCUGACCUGGAGUCUCGCAUCUGCAUCGUGGGUGAAAACGGCGCCGGUAAGACCACCAUCCUGAAACUGCUGAUGGGAGAGCUGACGCCUGUCAACGGAGUGCGACAGGCUCACAGGAACCUGAAGAUCGGAUACUUCAGCCAGCACCACGUGGACCAGCUGGACCUGAACGUCUGCGCCGUCGAGCUGCUGCUCAACAAGUUUCCCGGUCGGACGGAGGAGGAGUACCGCCACCAACUGGGGGGUUACGGCAUCUCUGGAGAGCUGGCCACAAGGCCGGUGGCCAGUCUGUCAGGAGGACAGAAGAGCCGGGUGGCCUUCGCUCAGAUGACCAUGCCAAGUCCCAACUUCUACAUCCUGGAYGAGCCCACCAACCACCUGGACAUGGAGACCAUCGAGGCUCUGGCCAAAGCUCUCAACAAGUUCAAAGGCGGAGUCAUCCUGGUGUCACACGACGAGCGCCUGAUCCGGCUGGUGUGCAGGGAGCUGUGGGUGUGUGAGGUGGGCAGAGUUCACCGCGUCGACGGCGGCUUUGAYGAGUACCGAGACAUCCUGCAGGAGCAGUUCAAGAAGGAGGGUUACCUGUGAGGCUCCGCCCACCGCUGACUGGCCACGCCCUCCCAUAACAUUACGCCCCUCACAGUGAUGCCGAGACCAGCAGCCAAUCAGAUAUCAGAGCUCAACCUGUCAUUCAGAUGACCUGUUGCAGGUGAUUGGCAGUUCGGGGGUCACCUGGUGAGGUCACUUGGUGAACUUAGGAGGAGGAACGACCUCAAAGCUGAAUCCGUUCAGAUCUUUGAACUUUUGAGAUUUAAAGGACCAGACUGUCGAUCAAACAUGAUUUAACUUUAAGAAGAAAAAAAUAAAAACACCAAAUUAUUUGUUCA